AUCCAUGAUAAUUUCUGUAUGCUUCUUAGCGAAAAAAAUUCCAUUGUCGACACUGAGCAUUAUGUACACAUAUUGGAGAUUUGAAUGUUGAUUAUGCAACCCUAAAUGAAAAGCGAAAUGUUUUGAAAUGCUUAUGAUGUAAUUGCUGUAUGAAGUGAUGAGUGAGCAUGCUUAUGAUAGCAUCUUUAUCAUUGUGCUGUCUUGGAACCAUGCUCCAUAUAAGCAAUUUAGGAUGCAUUUUAAUUUUAUGUAGGGUACUGUUACAAAAUGGAAGGAACCAAAUUAAAUGUGAAGACCAGAAAUAAUAUUUGUCUUAAAAUUAUAGGUCUCUUUGAGUGUAAAUCAAGCAAAACAAAAGUGUAGAAAACUUCAAUUAGUUUUUUUAUUUUAUUUUUUGUUCUCUUUUCAUUUUCCUCUUCCGCCAAGCAAGAAUAUAUUCUAAACAAAAUUGAAGGAGAAAAUAAAUUCAGUAAUACACCUCUCUAGAGAGACAUUCAUCUUACACCUUUAUCCUCUCUGCAUAUGUAACCUUGCAAAUCUGUUACAAUGUGACAGUAUAAAGCAGUGACAAAGGAAUCAACUUUUUUUUUUUUUUGUGUUUGAUAAUUUCACUUUUUAGCCAUAGAGUUAGCAUUCUCCUUUUCCUAUUAGCCAUAAUGGUUCUAUAUCAAUCGCCAAAUGUUUGUAUAGAUGGUGUCAGAGGCAGGAAAACCACACAAACUGGAAGUUCUGGGUGUUUUGGCUAGGAUUCGACUGGCUAUUCAAUUAUGGUUUCAAGAAUAGCUUGUAUGGGAUUCAGUAUUUUUAUGCUACACAUCUCUAUUUACGCUACCACACUCAUUACUCUAAGUGAGGCAAAAAGUCAUGCACAAAUGUUGAAAUUCCACGAAUUGGUGAAGAAGCUAAAAGCACGAAGCAGCUUGGAUGUUGUUCCUCCAUUGGAUUCUUCAGAUGCUGAAUUAUUUGGCAUAAACUCUCCCUUCUCUAUACCACCUUUUGAGACACUAGCACCAGCUCCAUUGCCCGAAAAAACUCCUCCAUUUUAUGUAAAUGCACCAUUAACUCCAAAACCACCCUCUUCAACCACACCAUAUCCUAUAAUCUACAUACCCUUACCCCCUCCUCCACCACCUUCAAAGCCCAAUUUUCCUAUCCAAAGCCCACCUCCAAGCAUACCCGAAAGCAUUUCUAGCCCACCGGCUUAUUCCCCGGUCCCUAAUCCACCAGAAUAUGUGCCUAGCCCACCUAGUAACAAUCCUAGUCCACCCUAUUAUGGGCCUAGCCCACCCAAACUUGUUCCAAGCCCACCAAUCUAUCUACCACCUCUAGUUUUCCCACCACCAACAGUACCACCACCUCCUCCACGUAAGGGGUCACAACUUGCUCAAUGGUGUGUUGCUAAACCAACGGUGCCUGAUCCAAUAAUUCAAGAGGCCAUGGACUAUGCUUGUGGGUCUGGUGCAGACUGUAAGUCAAUUCAGUCGAAUGGGCCAUGUUAUCAACCAGAUACUCUUCUGUCUCAUGCUUCUUAUGCUUUCAACAGCUACUGGCAGAACUCAAAGAUUGGUGGAGGUACAUGUGAUUUUGGAGGGACGGCCAUCCUGGUCACAGUGGAUCCAAGUUUUGAUGAAUGCCAAUUCACCUACAAUUGAUUGCGGAAGAGUGGGGGCAAUACUUGAUUUUAGAGGCUAUUAAGUAAAAGAAGAAGAAGAAGAAGAAAUCUCUCUCGUAAACGAAUUUUGCGUGUAUGAUAUGGAUGUUGGCACUAUGUAUGCAAUAGAGUUCUUGCGGUAUAUAUCUUAAUAUGUUGUCACCUCCUUUUCAUCCUUUUAUAUAUGGAAUAUGCCCUUUGUAUGUCCCAAAUUUAAAUCUUUUUACUAGCAAAAGUCUUGGUUCCUUC